AUGUCUGCCGAUUACUGGGCAUCUUCUCAACGGGCAAAAUGGCAGCUCACUCGCGAAGGCCUUCUGGAGUGCCGGCGACGCCUCAAUCUUUUGGAAAAGAAAAUGACCCAGAGCGGCUUGAUCAAAGACUAUCCUCAUGUGGUUUAUGACUACCACAUGAGAAUUUAUCUCCACACCUUAUUGGUAAAGCUCGGGAGGCGCUUGAAUGUGCGUCAGAUAGCCCUCGCCACUUCUGAAGUCUACCUCUCUCGAUUUCUUACUCGCGUGUCUGUUAAAGAAAUCAAUGUCUACUUGUUGGUAACCACCUGUCUUUAUGUCGCGUGCAAAAUCGAAGAGUGCCCGCAGCAUAUCCGAGUCAUAACACUGGAGGCCCGAAAUCUCUGGCCCGAGUACAUCCCGCACGAUGUGACAAAACUAGCUGAGUUUGAAUUCUACUUGAUCGAAGAGAUGGACAUGUACUUGUUUUUGCACCAUCCAUAUGGUUCCUUGUUGCAGAUCCGUGACCUACUACUGGCUAAUGAAAGCCAUUAUGGCUUCGUCCUAUCAGACGACGAGCUUCAGCAUUCCUGGUCUCUUGUAAAUGACCUGUACAUCACAGACUUGCAUCUUCUAUUCCCACCACACAUUAUUGCUGUUGCUGCAAUCUACAUUACUAUCGUGCUCAAGAAAAAUUUGAAUGCCAUUCGAGCAGGUAGCACACAGGUUGGCCAACUGCAUUCAAGUCCCCCAAAAGUAUCGAUGCACGUUGACGAUCUCAUGGCCCUAGGCUCAAGCACAAAUCUACUGGCGCAAAACUUUUCUGACACUCGCUUAGAUGCUGACACAGAAAAAAUAGACCGCUUCAUGGACUUCUUCAAUUACUCGCAUAUUAAUUUGGACGAGGUUGUUGAGGCCAUGCAAGAAAUCAUAAAUCUCUAUGUGGCGUGGGACCGGUACAAUGAAAACCAAGUGCGCAGGGCACUACAGCUUAUGCUCAUUGGGCGAUGA